AUGUGCGAUCUUUCUAUUGAUUGUCUUGAUGGUGUAUGUGACUGCGAAGGCGUUGGACUUGAUGCUCAUCAGCACAAGGUAGCCGUUCAGCAGGGUGCUAAUUUUUUCGAUCCCAUAGUUAUUAAUGGCAAAGUACAGGCCCACCAACACGAUGCCGGCAAGAAUGGGCAUUGCGGUAGCGUUUUUCUCGUCGAUCGCGGCGUCUGGGAUCGACGUCUCGUCGCGGUCUGUGGGAUCAAACAGCGGGUGGUUGAUGUUGGCCCGUUUAGCGUUUGCAGGCCGCUCAAUCGUGGUGUAGCUGCCUACAACAACCAGAAACACGGCCAAAGACAUCAUCGUUCCUACCCGGCCAUCAAGAAUGGACCGUUACCAGCAGAUGGUGCAGGAUCUAAGAACUUCAAUAACUAUAUCCUCAUUUCGAUCUUGCUGGGAGUGCCAUAUCUGUUGACCAAGAAACUUGGUCUUGGAUUGUACUCGUUUGUGUUUCUGUUUCUGUUGCUUGGAUUGCCAUUGUUGAUGGCUUGGUGGACCGUUUUGUCUUCAUACUCCCCAAGACUCAACGAGAAGGUCAAGCUUCCAAACAAGGGUGUUCAGUUCUACCUCGACUUCCACGACGAGGAGCUCAAGAACAAGUACAAGGACAACAACAAGAUCCCAAUGGAAACUUUCCACGAGCUCUAUUUCGCUGGCAAGGUCUCUUUCAAGGGUGACGCUCUUGACGUGAUGGAGUACAGACACGACUGGGCAGCUUUCAGAUUCACAGCCAGUUUGUACAAAUUCUUCCUGCUCGGCUUCAUUCCUGAAGUUUUGUUGCACACAAAGUCCCAGGACGAGGAACAGGUCAGAGACCACUACGACAGAGGUGACGACUUCUACGAAUGGUUCCUGGGUCCAAGAAUGAUCUACACCUCUGGUGUGAUCACCAAGAUUAACGAGGCCGAGACUCUCGAGGAGUUGCAGGACAACAAGCUCAAGAUUGUCUGUGAAAAGAUCGGUUUGAAGAAGGGCGACAAGAUGCUCGACCUUGGUUGCGGCUGGGGUACUCUGGCCUCCUUUGCAUCCUCCCAGUACGGUGCGGAGGUCACCGGUAUCACCCUUGGAAAGAACCAGACCAAGUUCGGUAACAACAGAUUGGCCUCCUACGGUGUCUCUCCAGAGCAGUCCAGAAUUGUGUGCUGCGACUACAGAGACGCUCCAUUGCCUGCUGUUGAAGGAAAGAAGUAUGACAAGAUCACGUGUUUGGAAAUGGCCGAGCACGUUGGUGUUAGACAUUUUUCAACGUUCUUGAGACAAGUCUACGACAUGUUGGAGGACGACGGAGUUUUCUUCUUGCAGUACGCUGGCCUGAGAAAGUCCUGGCAGUACGAGGACCUGAUCUGGGGUCUGUUCAUGAACAAGUACAUUUUCCCUGGUGCUGAUGCUUCCACUCCAUUGGACUUUGUCACUUCUAAUUUGGAAGGAACUGGUUUUGAGGUUGUUAGCAUUGAUAACAUUGGUAUUCACUACUCCGCCACCCUGUACAAGUGGUACAAGAACUGGCUCUCCAACAAGGACAAGAUUGUCUCCAAGUACGGCAUCAAAUGGUACAGAAUCUGGAAAUACUUCCUUUCUUACAGUACCAUCAUUGCCAGACAAGGUUCGGCCACUUGUUACCAGAUUGUCUUGAGAAAGAACAUUAAUGCUUACCACAGAGUCGAUCACAGAGUUACCGUUGUAGUGAGCAGUGAUGCUUCUUCCACAGUAAGACGAGAUAUCGUCGCUGCCGAUUUCAGUCUCGUACAACGAGUGAGCAAUAGCACACACAAGGUCAGAGUCGGUGCUCGACGUGCCACAGUUGUCUGCUCCCACCUCGUAGAAAGUACCUCUUCCGGUGUUGGUGCCGGUUGCAGAGGAAGUGCUACUGGUGGUGGAGCUGCUGGUAGUCUCCUCGGUAGACGUGGUAGAGCUGGCAGUCGAGGUGGCUGCUGGAGCAGAAGUGGUGGUCACCUCUGCGACGCUGCUGGUAGCAUCAGAGCUGGUGUUAGACGUGGUGCUGGUAGCCUCCUUCUCGCCGGUAGUGGUUGGGUAAGACUCGACGUCAUCGUCCGAAGAACAGUCGUCAGCAGUGUUAGUUGGGUAGUAGUCAUCGGCCGUGGUGGUUGGGUAGUACUCGUCGUCAGCAGCAGUGGUGGCAACAUCUGGCGAACCGUUGUUGGCAGACGUGAUCCAGUCAACAUCACUGAUGUCGACAGCAGUGUGGAACUUGUCUCCAAUGUACUCCAGGACCUGAGAAGCCCGUCCGUCAAGGUUUCUGAGAUGGAAAGGAGCGGCUGCGGCGUGAGAGCAGAAUGUGGCAAGCAAAAGAGUGGAAUAUUUCAUUUUGAAUGA